CAAGAAAAUUUAGAAUUUAAUCGGAAGCAAUGAGACGAAGAAAAAAGUAUGUACGGUAUGUUUUCUAUUAAUUAAACAAUCUUUAAAAAUUGCCAGGUGAACAAGACAAGAACAACGUUAUACACAUUAAAUCGAAUUGAAAAGAGAGCGUGGAGGUGAGGGGAGUAGUAUUGUGUUACGGAUAUGAGUGUCAACUGGAUGGGCUGUCAAUGGUAUGCCAGGCAACGUCAAAACCCACGAAAUUUUGAAAAACCUCCGAUGGCUGGUCGGCAAGUGGAAAUCUGUGUCGGCCGUCGCGAAUUACCCGACGAUGAAGAGCCCUGUCGAGUAUACCGAAACGUUGGAGUUUCGAUCGGAGGGACAACCGCUGCUCAACUACUUUUCGGUGACGAGAAACCCAAAAAACGGUAGCGUAAUGCAUCUCGAGUGCGGUUAUUUGAGGAUCGACGACGACGAGAAGACGGUGGCGUUUCUUACAGCGCAGAAUUUCGGUUUGUCGACGUUGGAAGAGGGUUACGUCGAGGAUAAAACGAUGAUCGUUGGCACGGCGUGCAUAGGUAUCAUGAAGUUUGCCAAGCAGACGGUGCUCGGUUUGCACAGGUGUUACCGUUUGAAUGAAAAUGGUCGCCUCGAGUACUGCGCGAUGAUGGAAACGCCGCAGACGCCGCCCGUCGUGCAUAUAACCGCGGUUUAUGAAAAAUCCCAGUGUGACGCCGCCGAGCCGGACAAACAUUAAAUUUCUAAAGCUUUCGCCUCGUUAAUUGCAUAGUUUAGUGUAAUUUGCGCGAUUAAUUAAGAGGCUUCGUGGGUGCCCGUCUUAUAUAAACUCUCAUCGAAUUGCGUGGCCACCGUUUUUUUCCAGUAGUAAGGUACUUUCCGGAAAAGUGGAAAGGCGAUGCCGAUGUAUUGUAUUGUUUACCGUUUUUCCUGCAAUGCUCCUCAAAAAUCCAAAGGCUUCAUU